CCCGUCUCUUUUGACUCCUCGGUUAUUUCUUUCCUCCUUUCUGCGUCCCUCCGCCUGCAAACCAGGGUAUCUUUGAUCUCUCUAUAUUUAGGUCUCCCAUUUCGCCCAUCUCCCGAUCCCAACCCUGCUGCCUCCUUCCCCACCGAAACCCUUAUUUCUCCGCCCAAUUCUUGCCGGAAUUUGGCUUCCCGAUCUCCAAUUCGAGGCAUAGAAAGGCGGAAAGGCAGGGUUUUGGAAAACAGGUAGCUUUUUGGAUCCAAAGGCUCCAUGUCCGUGCCGACGAUCGCCCUCUACGCGAGCCCUCCCACCGGCGUCUGCUCGACCGCCCACCACUCCUGCCAGAUCGCCGUCUCCCAUGGCUCCUCCGAUUUCGACCUCAACCCCCGGGCCUCCGCCUCCUCCGCCUCCGCUCCCUCUUCCUCCUCCUCCGCUGUCUCCCAGAAGUCGAUCGUCGGUGGCCUGUCCCUCAUCUUCUCGUCCCCCGCCGCUGCCGCUGCCGCGCGCCACGUCUCAUCUUCGUGCUUCGCUGGCGGUGACGAGAUUGGCUCUUUCCGGCAUGAUAGGUCGGACGAGCUCGGAAGCUCGUAUUCCUAUUCGUCAUCGCCCUUCAAGUGCCGAGAACACAGCCCCGUCUCGGUGUUCCAGGGCCCGGUGUCGUGCAGCGGGAGCGGCUCUUCCAAAAGCCCGCCUUCGGUGAGAACUUCACGGGAGUGGAGGGGAGGUGAUUGGAGGACGGGAAAAGAUCGGCUCUUUAAGGGGUUCAUUCGGAACGCGCUCAAUCCAUGCCUGGAUUAUAAUCCCGCGAGCGUACCUAUGCCGAGCGGCAGCACAUUCUGUGACGAAGUGUUUCCUUUUGGUUUGGAUGAGCGUUUGAUCGACAUGGCGCCUGCCUGUCAGCCGCACUCCAAAGAAUUGCUCGUCGGGGCUCAGUCAAGGCACAAAAUUUUUUAUGAGGACAUCGUUGUCAAGGCUUUUCAUGAAGCCGAAAAGGCUCACAGGGGGCAGAUGAGGGCAAGUGGAGAUCCUUAUCUUCAGCACUGUGUCGAGACGGCAGUAUUGUUGGCGAAGGUCGGAGCCAAUGCUACUGUAGUUGCUGCAGGGCUCCUACACGAUACAUUAGAUGAUUCUUUCUUUGAUUAUGAUCAUAUUUUUCAUAUGUUUGGAGCUGGAGUUGCUGAUCUAGUUGAAGGGGUCUCUAAAUUAAGCCACUUGAGCAAGCUUGCUCGUGAUAGUAACACUGCUAGCAGAACUGUUGAGGCAGAUCGUUUGCACACGAUGUUUCUUGCAAUGGCAGAUGCUAGGGCAGUGCUUGUAAAGCUAGCAGACAGGCUUCAUAACAUGAUGACUUUGGAGGCAUUACCCAUGGUCAAACAACAGAGAUUUGCAAAGGAGACCCUGGAGAUCUUUUCUCCCCUAGCUAGUAGAUUAGGAAUCUCAACUUGGAAGGAACAGUUAGAGAACUUGUGCUUCAAACAUCUUUAUCCAGAACAGCACAAAGAUUUGUCUUUGCAGCUUCUAAAUUCCUUUGAUGAAGCACUGGUUGCUUCUGCCAUACAGAAAUUAGGAAAAGCUCUGACAGAUGAAGGUGUUUCCUAUCAUUUCCUGUCUGGGAGGCAUAAAAGCUUGUACAGCAUUUACUCCAAAAUGCUAAAGAAGAAGUUAAACAUGGAUCAAAUCCACGACAUCCAUGGUUUACGUUUAAUAGUUGAGAACGAGGAUGAUUGUUACAGAGCCCUGGACAUUGUUCAUCGAGUAUGGCCCGAAGUUAUUGGAAGAUUUAAGGACUACAUUACUCAUCCCAAAUUUAAUGGGUAUCAGUCAAUGCACACUGUUGUACUGAGUGAAGGGAUGCUUCCUCUGGAGGUCCAAAUUCGAACAAAAGAAAUGCAUUUGCAGGCCGAAUAUGGUUUUGCUGCCCAUUGGAGGUAUAAAGAAGGAAACAGUAGGCACUCCUCAUUUGUACUUCAAAUGGUGGAAUGGGCGAGAUGGGUCUUGACUUGGCAAUGCGAGACAAUGAAUAAUGAACAGUGCAGAACGUCUGGGGACACAGACUUGAUCAGGCCACCAUGCCCGUUUCCUUCUCAUGCCAAUGACUGCCCUUAUUCCUACACUCAGCAGUGUGGCCAUGAUGGACCCAUUUAUGUCAUAAUGCUGGAAAACGAUAAGAUGUCAGUGCAGGAGUUCCCCAUGGAGUCCACCGUUUUCGACUUGAUGGAAAGUGUCAAAGAAGGUUGCUCAAGUGUAUCCCCUUUCAGAUUCCCUGUAAAGUUAGAUUUGAGGCCGAGACUGAACCAUGAGCCGGUGAGCGACCCGAGUCAAAAGCUCAAGAUGGGGGAUGUGGUGGAGCUGAUGCCGGCCCUCCCCGGCAAGUCACUGACGGAGUAUAGGGAAGAAAUACAGCGGAUGUAUGAACGAGGACUGACACUCUCUAGCCGGCAUGGCUAAGGAAAAAGAUCAUCCUGAAGCUUAAGGAUUCGUUAUUACUGCAACCUGUUGUAUGAUUUGAUUUAUUUGUUGUAAAUAUGAACUAAUUGAAUACAAAGCUUAAGGCCAUUGGGGUUGUGGACAUGUGGGUCAAUGGGGAUUGCGUGUGGAGACGCUUACUUGCAAGGGAAGCGAUUAGUCGCUUGUGCUCAACAUGUAAUGCGUUGUGGGUGUUGUUGCGGACCUUUGGCAUCACGCAAGUAAUUGCAUUAUAGUAUCUUCCUUCA